AUGAAAGACUGCUUGGUUUUUGAUCGCAUGAAGGCUGGCGGGUCAGGUAUGGAGUUUCAGUGGGAUUGGGUUUGCUCGGCUUUGGGUAAUAAUGAAAGUGCACAACUACAGCAGCUAAUGGGCCUGAUUAACGGGCUGAAUGUGACGUUUGGACCUGAUAAGUGGCAUUGGAAGUAUGAGGGAUCUGGUAUCUUUAAUGUGGCAAGUAUUAAAAAGAUAUUGGGCUUGGUUAAUCGUACGCGACCCGCUAGAGUAUUCGAAUGGAACAACUGGGUCCCGAAAAAGGUUGGAAUUGUAGCGUGCAGGGCAGAAAUGGAACGCUUGCCGACAAAGUGUGCCUUAUCAGCUCGGAACAUACGAGUGCAUAAUCGUUCGUGUGUUAUGUGUGGUAUUUAUGAUGAGACUUGUGAACACAUCUUUGUUUCAUGUCAAUAUGCUCAGUCUAUAUGGCAAAAUAUUGCGAACUGGUGCACGAUUCCACCGAUCAUUGCUUUCGAUAUUAAGGAUCUCCUUACGUUGCAUGAGAUUAGUUCAGGUCCAAGUAGGAAGAAAAAAGUGUUGUAUGCGGUUAUCUUUGUAACAUUUUGGAGUAUUUGGAAGACGAGGAACGAGAUAGUGUUUGAACAAAAGGUGCCAAAUAUGACAAAGACUCUAGAUGAAGUUAAAGCAAUGGCGUAUUUAUGGGUGAAGAACUGGUCUAAAUUGGCGACAUUAACAUGGGAAGAUUGUAGUAGAUUCAAGGUUGGUGGAUAA